AUGAAUCCAUCAGGACUUCUCCUUCUACUCACCUUAAUCACUCUUACAAGUGCAGCUGUCAAGCUUCAAGAACGCUUCAACUGGCGUCAACUCGAUUGGGUCUUCCCAAAUCCACAGAUUCGUGAACGUGCUAUUGCCAGUGGUGAUUACAUUCCAACAAAUGGAUUACCUGUUGGAAUUGAAAGAUGGCAAAAUAAAUUGUUUGUGUCUGUGCCGAGAUGGAGAAAUGGUAUACCGGCUACUUUGAAUUAUAUCGACAUGAAUCGUACACCGAGUGGAUCUCCAGCACUCAUUCCUUAUCCAAGUUUAGAGAACAACAUUGCUGGUGAUUGUGCAAAUGGAUUGUCGACAGUUUAUCGUAUUAAAGCUGACAAAUGUGGACGUUUAUGGGUACUCGACACUGGUACUGUUGGCAUUGGAAAUACAACACAAAAUGUCUGUCCAUAUGCCUUAAACGUCUUUGAUUUAGCUACAGACAGACGUAUUCGUCGCUAUGAACUCAGACCAGAAGACACGAAUCCAAAUACUUUCAUUGCCAACAUUGCCAUCGAUAUUGGAAGAAAUUGUGAAGAUGCAUUUGCUUACUUCUCAGAUGAACUUGGUUAUGGCUUGGUUUCAUAUUCAUGGGAGCAAAAUCGAUCAUGGAGAUUUGAGCAUAGCUUCUUCUUCCCAGAUCCACUUCGUGGUGAUUUCAAUGUUGCUGGCUUAAACUUCCAAUGGGGUGAAGAAGGUAUCUUCGGUAUGGCUUUGUCACCACUUUUAGCUGAUGGCUCACGUACUCUUUACUUCAGUCCACUUGCAUCACAUCGUGAGUUUAGUGUUUCAACAAGAAUUCUUCGUGACGAAAGUCGUGUUGAGGAAAGUUAUCAUGACUUUAGUUACUUUACUGAGGAACGUACAGGUGGUGGACAUACAACAUCACGUGUCAUGAGUGACGAUGGUGUUAUGCUUUUCAAUUUGAUUGAUCAAAAUGCUGUUGGAUGUUGGAAUUCAGGAACAACUUAUACACCAAGAAACCAUGAUAUUGUUGACCGUGAUGAUGAAGGUUUAGUCUUUCCAGCUGAUGUGAAAAUUGACGAGACAAACACUGUUUGGGUUAUUUCUGAUCGAAUGCCUGUCUUCCUUAUUGCUGAACUUGACUUUACUGACAUCAACUUCAGAAUCUUCUCAGCACCAUUAGAUAAUCUUUUGCAAGGAACUGUCUGUGCUGCACGCCGUGCACCACAUCGAUUCUCACCAAUUUCGCUUCUUAAUAAACAUGAAAUCUUCGAUUAUGUCUCUGAUGCUUUAUCACCUGGCUACCAAGCACCAAAAUUAAUUGGAUAUACAGGCCCAACAACUCAUGGCUUCCAAACACCUAAAGCUUUUGUCUAUAAUCAACAUAACAAUGUAGCAUUAAAGACAGAAUCACCACCAACAACAACUUAUUACUCAAGCAGUUACACACCGUUCGCUGGACAUAACAUCUUCAAUUCUAAUGCUGCAAAUUAUCAAAAAAAGAAUGAAUGGGGAAACCAAUUCUAUUAUUAA